UUCUUAUCAAUUCGCUCAGAAAAAGUGACAUUUAAUGUGUAGCAGCAACAACCGCAACAGCAUCAAUCAAAACAAAAUCGACGCAAUGAUUCAACACACUUCUUAGAGCAAAUCCCAAGUGAAUUUAGAUUUUAAAAAGUUUUAUUUGGACAAAUAAUGAUUUCAUUUGAAAUUGUGCACAAUAUUUCGAGCGUACAGCGUACCCGUGAAUAAUAAUGAUUUUUAGUGAAAAAUGGACUCAAUCGUAUCUUGUGUUCGCAAUUCUGAUCGGCGCUACGUUAUUCUUGUGUGGGUUUUUCCCCCUUAGCUACACCAGCAACGAAAGAGCUGAAUCAUACGAUUUGCCCGACUUUAUCGAUGAUAUUCCUCUUAAUAAAUCAAUCUAUCGGCGUCAUGUGUCGCGAACGGUGCUCAUGGUCAUCGAUGCGAUGCGUACUGAUUUUGUCUACAAUCAACACAACACCUCAAUGAAAUAUCUCAAUAAAAUGAUUAACGAUGGCACAGCGUGCAUGGUGAACCUAAAUGUUGAAGUGCCAACGGUGACAAUGCCAAGAAUUAAGGCAAUGACUACUGGGACGAUACCGAAUUUCAUUGAUGUUGUCUUAAAUCUGGGUAGCUCCGAACUUAAUAUGGACUCAUUUUUACAUCAAGUAUACGACAAUGGUGGCAAAAUAGUCUUUUGUGGUGAUAAUACUUGGAUAAAAAUGUUUCCCGAGAUGUUCCAUCGCAAGCUUGAGAAUCAAGACUCGUUGUAUGUGAAUGACUUUUAUGAAGGCGACAAAAAUAUUACGAAAAAAUUGAGCGUCGAACUGAAGAGAAACGAUUGGGAAUUGCUAAUAUUACAUUUUCUCGGACUCGACCAUAUUGGCCAUGUGGAAGGUCCAUUUAGCUCAAAAAUACCAACCAAACUGAGAGAAAUGGACACGGUUGCUAUGCACAUUCACUUGGCUCUGUUGCAUAUGAGACAAUCUAGUGAAGAGCCGCCACCAUUGUUCAUUGUUACUGGAGAUCAUGGAAUGAGAGAUAGCGGUGGCCAUGGCGGUAGUUCAUAUCCAGAGAUAAAUGUACCGCUCAUUUUCUUCGGGCCGUCUUGUUCACCAACGGGAUAUUCGUACAAUCAAAUCGAUAUACCUGCCACACUAUCAGUUUUAUUUGGGCUUCCAAUUCCUGCAUCUAGCAUCGGUGUCAUCAUUCCUGAAUUAUUAACCACUCUUUCGAUGGAGCAAAAACUAUACGCUUACAAUUAUAAUGGAGGACGAUUGUUACAAAAGCUAAUUAGACUUGAUGGUGCACGUAAAUACGAUGAUGAAGAGUUCUUCGCCCGAUUCAUUGUGGCCAAAAACGCGCAUAAGACGUUCCUUCAAUUAAACACAAAUUCUACUGAACAAAUCCACGUUUUUGAAUCUGCUGAACGAAAUUACAUCACCGCGUCAAAGGCAAUGAGCAAAAAGCUGGCCGAUUCCUGUGUCAACUUUGAUCAUGUUGCCAUUUCCAUUGGUUUGGUGUGUUUAGUCACGGCAUCACUUUGUGUGGCACUGUUAGUCGUAUCAAAUACUGGCGAUGUGACGAUUUCGCUGAAAUACACAUCAAUCUUUGGAUUGCUAGCUAGUUUACUCCAUUUAAAUUUGAUUGGAGUUUCACUAACAAAGUCAAGUCUGACAGCAAUUCCAUUGUUGGGAUUGAUUUACUCCGUGGUUGUGCUUAAUAUUCAAAUACUAUUAACGCUGUGUCGGACUACAGAAAUAGUAAACUCAUUGAAAUCAAUACGAACCACGAACAACUUUUGCAAGUUCCUAACGUUUGGAAUAGUUUUUCAUGGGAUAUCAACGUCAAGCAGUAGUUUCAUUGAGGAAGAGCAUCAGAUUUGGUACUAUCUGAACAAUACAAUUUGGAUAAUUCUUUAUGCGAUAGAAACAAGGCAUGCGCUGAAUAAAAAGCAAAAGGAAAUCAAAAAGGAAGCAUCAAGCGAAGAAAAUCCAUCUACUGCACAACAUCAUCUGAAGUGGGCGCUUCUAUUUUGUGGCCACUUAAUUGCACGUCGUCUCAAUCAAACUGGUGACAAAUGGCUGAAUGUGCCCGACAUUGGAGAUUGGUUACAAAUGGAAGAGAAUCGCAUUUGGAACAGUUUGUUCAUGAGCACCUCUCUUCUAUUGGUCUACUUGACCUGUAUGGAUUUUGGAAGUAUUCUCACCAAUGUUCUCACCAUUACUGCAUGUAUGCUGAUUUACUAUUAUCGCACGCUAAAUGGAUCGGUUUAUUUGGCUGGAAUCAAACCGUCUGACUCAACUGGUACCUGUGUGACACUCUUUUGGUUGAACAUUUUUGAAAUCGCGGCCAUCAAUUACGUGCCAAUUUUGUACAGUGCUUUCAAAUCAAAGUUGAAUCGCUUUGAUAUUAGGUCAAUUUUUGGAACACUCGUUGUUCUAUCGACGCUUGUCAUGGCACUCACGCACAAACCCCAUAAUAUAUUCUUAAUCGCCCUGUUGCUCUUUUCGAGCAGCAAAAUUAAGCAAAUUGGCCAUCUAUUCGGUUCAAAGUCCACUGAAUCACUGGUACAAUGUGUGUUGCAUUUGUGGAUUGGGAAGCAGUUCUUCUUCUACCAAGGAAAUUCGAAUAGUCUGGCUUCGAUUGAUCUCAACGCAGGAUACGUCGGCCUAAAUACAUUCAAUUUCAUUGCUGUUGGAUUGCUUCUUACUCUUAACACGUUUAGUGGACCUAUCUUAUCGUUCAUAACAUUCGCCGAAUGGAAUCAACAAUCACUACACUCAACUGAUGCCAAACAUGUUCUACCUCUGAUUGUGUUAUUGAUUGCAUUCCCAUUUACAUUGUAUGUGUUCAUUGUUUUAAUGAUGCGUCACCACAUCUUCAUUUGGAGUGUGUUCUCUCCGAAAUUACUGUAUGAUUUUUACUAUUUGUGUUUAAUGUACCUGAUGUGGAUUUCUGUACGAUUAAUGCCAAAUAUAGAGUAAGUUAUGAGGAUUUCAAAGAGAAAACAGACAGUUUUCUGGUGAAGAAAUCAUUUUAAUAGGACAAAUUAUAUUUACUAGUUAUUAGCAGUAUUCUUCCAUGAACAUAACGUAUACUACUCUGAAUAAUUUAUUUAACAAAAUCCAGACAUGAACCAAAUAAAUUGUGAAAAAAUUACAACAAAA